AUGGCUACAACACAAAUAACAGAAGCCUCUAUCCGUGAGGCAUUGAUUGAGAGGCUUAAGGCCUCGCACGUCGAGGUGCAGGAUCAGUCUGGUGGCUGCGGCCAAGCCUUCACAGCCGUCAUCGUCUCGACCGAGUUUGCUGGCAAACCCUCGCUCCGCCGUCACCGCCUCGUGAAUGCCGCCCUGAAAGACGAGAUUGCACAAAUCCACGCCUGGAGUGCGAGGUGUCUCACCCCAGAGGAGUGGGAGAGGGAAAAGCUGAGUUCGGAGCCUAGGCUGGGGUCUUGA